AUGCCUCCAGUAAUGACUUCGCAUCGGACUCAUUUGGUGAAGGCAGUGUUGGGCUUCGGGAUUUGGAGGAGAGCUUUGAGCAUCUGCUGGUUGACCGAGAAGGCUGCGGAAUCCGGAGACGAGGCUUACAGCGAGGAUGAGGCUACCAUAGACAAGACACCCAGCUCAGCGAGCUACAGCGCCAUGAAGCCGGCGUAUUUGAAAGAACGCCUUGCACGCCCUCCAGAGCCAACCGCACGCGGCUCUGCCACACACCAGCCACAGCCACCACCGAAAGGAAUCUUGAGGCGGCGCACGGGCGUUGCCCUGUCCCCGAGCAAGAGUGCAAAGAUCUGCUGGCUCUGGAGGCCUCGCAUGCUGACGGUGCAGUCGCUGGAUGAAGCCGAGAAGGUGGAGCUUUUCUGGUCGCAAACUGAUUUGAGCGAAGUCACUUGCGGUUGUUGUGGCGGUCGCUGCCGUGAGAGAGACGUGUCCGUGGCCCAGAAUCCCAAAGGCCAACGGGACCUCCUCUGCAGUGGGUGCGCAGAGGAGCAGCCGAGACACCUUGUCUCCACGAAGCCAGGCCGGGGCAGUGUGGGUUGGCUGAAAAUCUACCCGGAACCUGCACCGCUCUUCCAGGAGGAAGAGCAGGACAAUCAAGAGGAGGAAAAGGAGGACAAUCAACAGGAGGAAGAGGAGGACAAUCAAGAGGAGGAAGAGGAGGAGCAAGAGGAGAGGCAGGAAGACGAGGAGCAGGAGGAGGAGGUGGAGGAGGAGGAGGAUGGAAUGCCGAUGUCCGCACGCCUGUUGCAGGCUCUGGCGGAAUGCUCAAAACUUCCAAGGCCCUCAAUCUUGAGCGCUCAGCCUCAGCCUCUCAAUCGUACCUGCAGCCUCUUGAGGGUCUCUUUUGAAGGCAUUCGCAAAGUCGUGGAGGGAUCCGAGUCUGCGAGCCCAGAGCCGAAAGACGCACUCUUCUGGAACUCCGAGAGUCAGAGAUCCAUCCUUUGUGCUCGAUGUGGUGGCUUUCAAAGCAGGGCUGAAAGCUUCGUUGCCGAGUCAUGGCAUGGUGAAAUGGACAUGAUUUGCAAGGACUGUUCUAGCGACUGGCCUGGCCAUUUGCUCUCUUCGGUUCCUGGGGCUAUGUCUGCUGGCUCGCUAAAGCUUCAACCCUCGUUGUCGUGGGCAACCUUUGAUGAGUUUGCUGAGUACGAGAGCAGGAGGAAGCGAUCUCAGCUUGCACUCUGCGAUGCCCCCAAAAGCCUGGGACAUGAUGGCAAGAGCCCAGCUGCAGAAGGGAGUUGCAAUCCUUUCUCGAAGUUGGGGAAGGUGGACAUGGACAUCAGAGACGAAGACUCAACGACCGAACCAGUGAGUGACACCGAGACCGAAUCAGAGAGUGCGUCCAUCAUCGGCAGCUGA